AGCUGCAGUAUUGAAGGGAGCGGCUCAGGAUCAGAGAGUGAAGAGACCUCUGGGCUCCAGGCUCUGAGUCUGAGGAAGAGGAGGAGGAUAAAGAGGAGAAGGACGAGAAGAAAAAAGGAAUUUAAGAAGCCAGUGCAGGAAAGCAAAAGUGAGCAGAGCAGUCAAGAAGAGCAAAGGAAACAUGAGAGGAAGAGUAACUCAGAAUCUGAAUCUGACGAGGAGGAGAGCGAGUCUGAAAGCAGCCAAUCGGAGUCUGGAGACUGAGUUUGAGGCAGAAGCCAAAAUGUCGACAACCUCCUUUGCCGACAGCCGUUCAGCCCUGAUGCAAACCCGGUGGCUGUGUAGAUGGAGUUCACCAUUAACACCACCUCUGACACCAAGAAGCUUCACGUGGAGGAGGCGAAGCUGCAGUCUGGGAUGAGGGUCAAAGAGUUCCCAAAGAUUGCUAUACUGGCAGCCAUGGGGACCAUUAAUGUCUACACCAAAGUUAUUAGAAAUAGAGUAUAUCUGUCCAGUAUUGAUUUAGCUGUGGACCAAAGUCUGGGACUGACAGAGAGCACUAACACCAGGAAAUUCUUUGUGUUGAUCCAGCGACCGGUUGGGGAGCUGAUGAGGCCUGUCAUCUUGACAGAGAAUGAGCAAGGUCAGCUGAUGGGUAUGAAUGAGAUCACAGAGACGCUGACUCUGGCAUAAAGUGUCGAAAUGAACACGCCAGGGUUACCGCCGCCGCCAACCUCAGCAGAGUCCCCUGUGGUUCAGAUAAACAGUGCAGGUCCUGGCUCCAGUGGUGUACACAGCUGGGGCACAUCCACCGGAUCAGCGGCUCCCAGGGUGCGACACGGCUGAGGCACAUCACCUAAUUACCCACUCCCUUUCUUAAGGUGCUGGCAAACGCUCUCUUGUUGCCAGUAUGUUGAGGUUCUCAUCUCUACUCUUGGCUUCGCUACAAUUCGCUGAGAGGC